AAAGUCGUCGGUAUGAAACCAGCACCCUCCUCAGACGUCACCACAACGGCGGAGGAUACCACCUUGGUCGAUACAGAAGACGAUGAGGUAAGUGGGGCAUUGUUUUUGAUCGGAUGAAGCUGAAAUACACAGCCUCCGGUCGUCAUGAGGGCAUCCAAGGUACCCUCGUCCAGAAUAGGCAGACUGUUGCACUAUGGAUCACUUGCCGCAUCGAUGUCGCUCGGCGCAGCGAGUGAAUCGAUCCGUCGCACGGCGGGAGGCAAUGCUGGUAAAGGCAGUGUUUUCAUGAGCGAUGCAAACAUCAGACGGCUCGUAGCCUCGUUAGGUCGCAUGCGAGGCGCUGCGUUGAAGCUGGGGCAAUUCAUGAGUAUACAAGACAACCACUUGCUACCGCCCGAAAUUGAGCAAGUCCUACAGCAAGUGCAGGCACAUGCCAAUUAUAUGCCAGAAUGGCAGAUGGACCAAGUCAUGUCUUCCGAGCUCGGAUCAGAAUGGCAAUCCCUUUUCUCCUCCUUCGACCGUACACCCAUCGCAUCAGCAUCAAUAGGUCAAGUCCACCGUGGCGUCCUGGCUUCGUCAGGUCAACCGAUAGCUGUCAAGAUUCAGUUCCCAGGUAUCGCCUCAUCCAUUCAUUCUGACUUGAAUAAUCUGUCCGUUCUCCUUCGAACAUCAUCACUACUACCGAAGGGAAUGUACCUCCAAAACACGAUUGCCGUUAUGCGCCGAGAGCUGGAAGACGAAUGCGAUUACGUUCGUGAAGGCGCUGCAGGCCGACGGUUCGGCAAGCUGCUGGCUAAUGACGAUUUCUUCGUUAUCCCUCAAGUUGUUGACGAGGCGACUACCGGAAAGGUAUUGACGACGGAAUGGGCAAAGGGCAAACCCCUCAGUCGGAUGAAAGGCAUGUCACAGGAAACCAGGGACAAGAUCGGGGAGAAUAUCCUUCGCCUAUGCCUGCAGGAACUUUUCCAUUUCCGGUUCAUGCAGACCGACCCUAACUGGGCCAACUUCCUGUACGACUCCUCUGCUGGCAAAAUCACUUUGAUCGACUUUGGCGCAUCGAGAGAGUACACCAAGGAGUUCAUGGACGGGUGGUUUCGUCUUCUAGAUGCGGCGCUGAGAGGAGAUCGGACAGCCAUGAAAGAUGAGAGUGAGAAUUUGGGAUAUCUCACGGGCGAAGAGAACGAGGAAAUGCUCAAAGCGCAUCUCGAUUCAAUGGCUCUCAUCGCAUCUCCAUUCUCGACUAGGGGUGCAUACGCCUUUGCGAAUCAGACCAUCACCGAUUCCGUCCGAGCGCUCAUUCCGGUCAUGCUCAAAUAUCGACUGACCCCUCCUCCAUCCGAGACAUACUCCCUGAACCGUAAACUCAGUGGAGCGUUCCUCAUGUGCGCGAGGCUCGGUGCCAAUGUCGACUGCGGUAAGCUGUGGAACGAAUACGUUGGAGGCUAUAAACAGGGCUAGUGGCAACCACGAGUUUCAUCUUAUAUGCAUUAUUGCUUCCGUAUAUGAUCGUGCUGCAUCUACAGUACAUAUGACAGCACCACUCGCGGCUUCGUUUCUUCGAAGAGUUUUGCUUGUUUGUUUACAAGGCCACAUGUGAAUAAAAUAUAGACCGAGCAGACGACUC